AUGGAGUCGGCAGAGGAAUGUGCUGCUAAAUGUGGUGAAGGAUGCCCUGGUGCUGUAUGGGAGUACACUAAGAACAAUUGCAUUAUCUAUGACUCUCCUGUCACUCUGACUCCCCAUGGGCGGGGCUCUAUCUACUUGAAGCCUAUCCAAGGGGCUCAAGAUAAUGGAGAAGAAAGCUCUUCCACUUCGGAAUGUCUCCAUGAGAAACAGGCCUGUGAGGAUGAACUUACGCACCAACUGGGAAUAUCGAGCAGAUGUCAGUCCGAGAAAGAGGCCCUAGCACUCGAAAGUCAACAGUGUCAGGAAAGAAAUGAUGAUCUUGACGCCCAGAGUAAGACCUGUCAGCGUGAGAGAGACGGCAUUGGUACCAAACUUCAAGACUGCAAUUGGCAGAAGGAUGGAUUAGAAACGGAGAACAAGUCUUGUAAACGGGAGAAAGAUGAGUUGGACACAAAGAGCAAGACUUGCCAACGAGAGAAGGACGAGCUGGACACCAAGAGCAAGACCUGCCAACGAGAGAAAGACGAGCUGGACACCAAGAGCAAGACCUGCCAGCGGGAGAAAGAUGAACUAGACUCGAACUGGAAAGCGAAGUAUGAAAAGGAAGUCAAUGGUGUUCCCCUAAAGGGUUCCUAUGGAGCAGUUCUUCCCGGGUUUUACUGGGCUCCGAACCCCAUAAUAAUCGGAAAAUUCCCCGGAGUUGGAACCGGAAUUUGGCAGCUAUGCGCCAAUGCAUGCGAGAAAGAUACAAGCUGCAGGGCUUCAGUUGCGGAUUAUUCUACUGGUACCUGCUACAAAACCAGAAUGCCAGCUGGCGGUUUUACGACAAAGCAUCUUCAAGACAGUAUUGGUGGAAGGUACGGUUCUUACGUCAAAUAG